CAAGAGUACAAUACAAUUUACAACUUCACAAGUCAAACGACAAAUCAUGAAAUCAAUGUUCAAAAUAUAAAUCUAAAUUAUUUCAGCACUAAAUAAACGGUUCCAAAACUUCGUUAAAAUGGAUCUGUAAAUAUUAAUAUUAAUUUAGUCGUUUAGCGUUAUUAUUAAAAGAUGUUCUCAUAUCGUAUUUCUUUUCAGAUUUUAUUCUUUUUAUUCAAUUUUGCUUUUAAUAAUGGAUUUUAUGUGCCGGGAGUUGCUCCCGUGGAGUUUAAAAAGGGGCAGAAAAUCGAAGUUAAAGCUGUGAAAAUGACCAGCACACAUACACAAUUACCAUAUGAAUAUUAUUCAUUACCAUUAUGUUUGCCAAGAUUUGGAGCUUUCUUGUAUAAAUCUGAAAAUUUAGGCGAAGUAUUGAGGGGGGAUCGUAUUGUGAAUACACCAUAUGAAGUACACAUGGCAGAAAAUAUUAAAUGUAAACUACUGUGUCAUGAAAAAAAUAAUCCAAUGAACUGGAGUGUGGAAGAAUCAGAAAAAGUAGCAAGCCGCAUAGAACAUGAAUACUAUGUGCAUUUGUUAGUGGAUAAUUUACCUGUAGCAACUAGGAUUAUUAACCGGGAAACAUCUGAAAGAAUUGUUGAACAAGGAUAUAGACUUGGAUUUAUGUCAAAAGGAAAAGCAUAUAUCAAUAACCACUUAAAAUUGCUACUUAAAUACCAUAAGCACAGUCAAGACUCUUAUAGAGUAGUCGGCUUUGAAGUUGAAACAUAUUCUGUCAGCAAAGAUGAUAUCACAUUUGUUGAUGAUUCUUGUCAAUUUGCAAAAGACUCUAAGCCUCAAUUAGUCAAUGAAGAUUCCGGAACAAAGUUGUUUUUUACAUAUUCAGUGGAGUGGGGAGAAUCAGAUAUUCAAUGGGCUUCUAGAUGGGACAUUUAUUUGGGAAUGAAAGAUGUUCAAAUACAUUGGUUCUCUAUAGUAAAUUCCAUAGUAGUAUUGUUCUUCUUAUCAGGAAUAUUAACAAUGAUAAUGGUCCGCACAUUGAGAAGGGAUAUUGCAAAGUACAACUCUGAUGAGUUCAUCGAAGACAUGAUUGAAGAAACUGGUUGGAAGCUUGUUCAUGGUGAUGUUUUUAGGCCUCCGCCAAAAAGAAUGCUUUUUGCGGCUGUGAUUGGAAAUGGAAUCCAAGUAUUUUUAAUGGCCCUUGUAACUAUUUUUAUAGCAAUGCUUGGCAUGCUUUCACCAGCGAGUAGAGGUGCAUUGAUGACUGCAGCUAUAUUUCUCUAUGUUUUUAUGGGUCUCAUUGCUGGCUAUUAUUCUGCUCGCUUAUACAAUACAAUGAAGGGUAAGCAAUGGAAGCAGGCAGCCUUCUUAACUGCCACCCUAUACCCAGCAAUUGUGUUUGGAAAAUGCUUCUUUUUAAACUUCUUCAUAAUGGGCAAACAUUCAAGUGGAGCUGUGCCGUUUUCAACAAUGAUGGCUCUUUUGUGUCUAUGGUUUUGCAUAUCCCUUCCUCUUGUAUAUUUGGGAUAUUAUUUUGGUAUUAGAAAGCAACCAUUCCAGCACCCAGUGCGAACAAAUUUCAUACCAAGAAAAGUUCCUGAACAAGUGUGGUAUAUGAAUGUUUUUAUAUGCAUAUUGAUGGCUGGAAUUCUUCCAUUUGGAGCAGUUUUUAUUGAGCUGUUCUUUAUAUUCAGUGCACUCUGGGAAAAUCAGUUUUAUUAUCUCUUUGGGUUCCUGUUCCUGGUGUUUUGUAUAUUAGUUGUAUCUGUGUCACAGAUAUCCAUUGUCAUGGUCUACUUCCAGUUAUGCGGAGAGGAUUAUCACUGGUGGUGGAAGAGUUUCAUAGUAUCGGGAGGUUCUUCUGUAUACAUUUUAAUAUACUCUAUAUUUUACUUUUUCAAAAAGUUGGAAAUAACAGAGUUUAUACCAACUCUUCUUUAUGUGGGUUACACAGGUCUCAUGGUUUUAACAUUUUGGUUGCUGACGGGAACUAUAGGAUUUUUUGCGGCAUACACAUUUAUUAGAAAAAUUUAUGGAGCUGUAAAAAUAGACUAAAAUUGUUUCCAUAUGAAAGCUGUGAAGAAAACAGAGGCUUACGAAAACGAAUACGUUUUCAGAGGAUCCAGUUCAUAUUAAGUGUUAAAAAUUUGUAAAAACAUUAUAUCACGAAUGAAGAAUAUAAACGUUAGCAUAAUGUGAAUUUUAUGUAAUAAUGUUAUUUUUUUCUCGCCCACCACUACCAAGCACAAUAUGGGCUUGGUGCGGAUAAGUUCAUUAACAAUUUCUAACCGCACGCUGUACACUACAUAAUAUUGUUAUUUAUUAUGUAUAAAUAUAUUCCGUUUACCUAUAGAUACCUUAUAUAAAUAUCUUUAUUGUAUAGUGUUAUAAGAAGUUUAGUUUCUAAAUGGUUUGUUUGUAGCGUGUAAUCUUUGGAAGUACGAUCAUGAAAAUAGAAUAUAAAUUUUCAUUAAUAAAAAGCUAUUCAACCGGCCUACCUUGCGUGACACAACUAAAUUGGAAAUGUCGUUUUUGGUAUAGUUUAUAUACGAUAUGAUGAUAUCUAUUUCACUUACGUCCCAGACAUAGCGGCAUAUAAAUAUACAAUGUCUAACAAUCGAAAAUAUUUUGUCUACAAAUCCUUUACCAUGCCGGCAUUUAUCGAGUUGUUGAUCGAAAUUAUUUGUUAAACAAAAAAAUAAGUUGUCUUAAAUUAUAUGAUAUGCAAUGCUCUUAUAACCAUUUAUAACAUUUAAAACAAAAAAAGGUGUCUGCGAUUCCCACACGAUAGAAGUGAAAC